AUGCUAUGCAAGUCGAAUAAACGCCACGUUGGCCAGGCUCUCUCACCCGGUACAAGCGUCUUCGCCAACUUCAUUGCGUCGUCCUCUCGGAGGCGAGGCCCCUCCGUCGGCCGGCUUUGGGUGUGACGGUACAGAAUGGCGACGAGGAUUUAGAAGAACCUGCUGUCUCAAAUGCCAUGCCAAUUGGCUACGAAUUCAAAGUCACUUUGAAUGAGGAAUUGCGACCUGAUGACCAGCACCUGAAGCACAUUAAUGACAGGGAACCAAGCCAAGGGGUCAUCGUGAAACAAAAAGCCGAUAACAAAUACGUCGUAAAGGUAACGGACCUGACCAAGGCCACAACAGCGAGUAACAGCAAGACUGCUCUUGGCCAUAAAGAAAAUUCGGUGCAGACCAGUCUUAAAGCUGACAGAAUUAGACUGGUGUUCAACUACUACAGUGAGGUGUCGCCUGAAACCGGGGCCAAAGUUUGUACAACAAGCGUGGACGUGACCAGCGUCAACAUACCCAUUGAUGUGACACGCAGACUAGUUCACCUCAUUAUUGAUUCACUCAGAUGAAUCAAUAAUGAGGUGAACUAGUUUGCGUGUCAUUCACAUGUAAAUAAAUCAUCUAGCAUCAAGUUACGCCGCCAAUCACUAAAGCGAGCAAUGCCGUCUCACUACCGAGUGAUCUCAGCGAGGCCCUCGAUACGUCCGAGAUGAAACACAGGAAUCAUCCUGGAGCGAGAAAACGGAAUCAAGUCAAGCUGCCAGAAAAACUGAUUGAUGCGGCUAAGGCCGCUCUUGAAAUCACUGCUACUGGUGGCUCCACCGGACGAGCUUGGAACGGUCGCCCACCGUCACGUGCCCUGCUGCUGCUGCUGGUCACCGCAGUGCGCCUCGUCGUCCCCACGUCGUUCCAGUUUCCUCAGGGAGACAUGGUUGCGGGGAACACAUUUAAAGCCAGCGCGAAUGGACAUCUUUCGUUCACUGACGCGAAGCUCAAGGAAGCCAAAGAAAGGUUACAGAACAAGGGGGAGCUACAGCAUCGCUCAGUACCUUCAUUUGGACUUUUCGCAGACGCUUCGAGCAACAAGCGCGCACAAAUAAAUAUAGACAUCGGUGAUGGUGUAUAUGUUGAAAAGGGACUGCUGAAGAAGCUGCGCCUGGAUCCUAACAAUUCAGGCUUGCAGUCUGCGGUUUCGCUCGUUAAAGCUCUUCUUACAAAAGAUGUUGAAGGCAGGUCCUUCUUUGGGCGGCCGUCAAAUGCCUUCCACAGAAGGAUCCGUUGGAUUCCAAGGUCAACACCACACUCAACUCCACAACGCAACAUUUCGGUGUACUUCCAGGGCAGCUGAACAACUCGUUAUCCUCAUUACUAGCUCGGGGAUAUUAAAUGGAUGUAUUCAAGCA